AUGGACGCGGCGCAGCAUGCGGCGCUCCGGUCCGAGAUUGCGCAGCUGAGCGGCGCGAUCGAUCAGCAGCGCUCGCGCAUUGCGCACCGCGGGUCCGCGCGCGCGCGCGGACGCGGACGGCACCGCUCGCUCGUCCUCACGCAUACCCCGACCGACCAGUGGGUCCAUCGACGGACGAACAAGAGCCUGGCCCUCGUCAACUCGUCCGUGUACGAGCCGGAGCGGCCACGAGCGCCCGCGAACAGCGGUGAAGUGCUCGUCGAUGGCGUCCCGUUCGUGUUUGACGAGUCAGGCACCAAGCUCGUGAAACGGAGCACGCUCCCCACGACGCCAGCCGCGCCGCGCCAGGCGUCCGUGCAUGGCGAGGCCUACGUGCGCACGAAACGCGGCCAUCUCAUCAGCAAGGCGCUCGUCAUGGAGCGGCGCGCUGCGCGUGCACAGCACGAGCGCACGCAGCGCCUCGCCGCCCUCGGCCAGCAAAUCGGCCGCGCGCACCAGCAGCAACGGGCGAUGCUGCGGGCCAAGGCGCCGCCCCCCCUCUGUACAUACUAUACGCGCACAGGCACAUGCCGACGCGGCGCCAAGUGUCCCUUUGUGCACGACGACGCACGCAAGGCCCUGUGCCCAGGCGCGCUCAAGGCAUCCGGCUGCGUCUUGCCACCCAGCACCUGCCCGCUCUCUCAUACGCCGAGCGCUCACAACGUGCCGCACUGCGUCCACUUCCUGCGGCACGGCUCGUGCAGAAACGGCGAUCAUUGCCCCUACACACACGCGUCGCUCGCACCCGAUGCAGCGCGUUGCCACGCAUUUGCCUACCUGGGAUGGUGCGAUCAGGGCGCCGCCUGCGCGCACAGGCACACCAAAGAGGCACCCGACACGCCCGCGCGCGCGCCCGCCGCGCCAGCAAGUCCGUUGUUUGUGCGCGACGACUACGACGCACCGGACGAAGAGCGAUCGCCGUCCUUUGCCGAGCAGGACGACUUUAUCGAGCUGGGAGAGGACGUCUCCGACGUCUCUGACGACGAAGCGUCGGACGCGUCCGACCACACGGAUCCGGCGGCAGGUGACGCCGCGGACGUCGCCGAGGUAGACGCCGCCUUGGGUAUGUGGUAG